UUUAAAUAUCGACAAUCACAUACAUACUCGAGCCCCUGAACCUUUUGCUCUUUUUUGCACCUAAAUCAGGUGCACUGCGCGCGGUGCAAUAAAAAUAUGGUGCAUUUAGAUAAAAUGAGAGAACCCUACUGUACCCUGUAGCCCCUAUUAUUCGUACCGAAUUCUAUAUUCACAAUGGUCUAAAGAUGGAAUUUUUCAACGUUUUCUGAAUUUUUAUUAAAGCUCCUAAAUUAGGUGUGUCUUUAAUUAUGUAUAGCGGCCUCCCGACUCAUGUAUUCGUAUUAAAUUUAGGUGGGAAGAUAUAUCCACCCUUUUUAAAUGUACAUAACAAAUGAAAAUACAUAACACGUUCUUGUAGAUUUUAUUAUUGUUACUUAAUUUCAUUAAUUAUAUAUUUGUUCACCUGGCUCCUCGUUGAACGGCUGAAAAUAAGAUUUAAUUGUUCUUAUAUUAUCUUCUCUUAAUUAUUUAAUUUGAUAAAAUAGAAUCAUAAAAAUGAUUUAUGGAAAAGCUACAGUUCUCGCCGACUUUACCGUUUGCACGCAUCAAAUCUGUUGUCCCUAUACUAAUAACAUUGAAAGGCGAAAACUGUAAAUUGGCGAGAACUGUAACUUUUCCAAAAUAGCCAUGUUUCUAUUAAGAUUCAUGUUUCUAACUGAUACAUCGUGUAAUGCUUGAUGUUGUUACAGAGUCGACACUACAAAACCAACAGGCUGAGAUGAAACCGCGGCAGAGAAAGCGUUGGAUACGGAUGAAAUAUGUUUUUGUAGGUGUAGUCAUACUUGGAAUGGCUUUCGUGUUUUGGCAAUUUAUCGGAGCUCAUUACAUAGCUCAACAGGAAAUACUGGAUCAUGCUAAACAAGUAUACCAAAAUACUCUGCAGGAAGAGGUUCUGCAAAAUUUUGCAAUUCAAAAGAAAAUUAAUCUGCUUCGUGGAUCUCGAUUGCAAGACAUAGUGCAUUACAAACCGACCAAAGAAAAGAAAUUCAAGUGCAUUCAGUCAGGCCUUCUAAUUGACUAUAUUAAAGUGAAUGAUGAUUACUGUGAUUGCCCUCGAGAUGGGAGUGAUGAACCAGGAACAAGUGCUUGCAGCGAAAAUGGAAGAUUUUAUUGCACCUUCCACCAACGAGCAUCUAAACCUGACGCUUGGAUACCUUCUGGACGAGUAAAUGAUGGAAUAUGUGACUGCUGUGAUGGUUCUGACGAAUGGCAAAACAUAACUGUUCCCACUCGACUGAGAUUUUCUGAAGAUGACCAGAGAAGGUUUAAAGUUUUUCAGGCACCAUGCACUUUUAAGUGUUUUGAUGACUAGAAAUUUGCUGUUAUGCUAUAAUUUGCUUGUUAUAUUAUAAUAAAAUUUCCAUUAUCAUUGUCA